AUGUCACCAAUCGAAUAUCAUACCGCAAUGGGUAUUGAACAAUCGAAAAUUGAUAGUGGUAUAUUAGACGAGAGUAGCUAUGCUUUAAUAUCAAAAUAUACAAAAUUGAAACGUGACGAUAUUCUUGCGUGGCAGGAACGUUUUAUUCAACAAUGUCCUGGAGAUACCAGGACAAUGAAUAAGGAACAAUUUUGUAAAUUCUACAAAGAACUUCGUCCUCAAGAAAAUGUAAAUCAUUUAAGUGAAAGUGUAUUUCGUGUUUUUGAUUUAGACGGUGAUCAUGGUAUUAGUUUUACUGAAUUUUUAAGGGCGUAUGUUGCAACAACUGAAGCUUCACUUGAACAGAAACUUCGUUAUGCAUUCGAUGUGUAUGAUAUCGAUAAAAAUAGUUUAAUUGAUCGUACUGAAAUUUUAUUGGUUUUACGUUCAAUGUUUGAGCUAUUAGGAAUGUCUAAUGAACCGGACAAAUAUUCGUAUGAACAAUGUGCUGAUAAUAUAAUGAAAAAUCUCGACUCAAAUUCUGAUAAUCGAAUAUCAAAAGAAGAAUUUAUUCAAGGAUUGAAAGAUGAUUCAUUCUUACAAAGUUUAAUGAAUCCAUUUCAACAUGUUUGA